AUGAGGCUGCAAGCGGACGUAUUGCGGUAUAUGACGAAGGGGGAAUUUCGGGUGUUAACGGCAGUAGAGAUGGGCAUGAAGAACCAUGAAUUUGUUUCUGCACAGUUAAUAGAACAGAUUGCGGGUCUACGCCGCCACUCUAUUCGUCAGAUAUUGAGUAUUCUCCUUAAAAAUAAACUCAUCUUCCAUUGUUCUAAGUCGUAUGACGGCUAUAAACUAACAUAUUUAGGCUAUGACUACUUAGCCCUCAAUGCUCUGCUUAAGAGAGGCCUGAUUAAGGGAGUUGGCGUCCGUGUUGGUGUCGGCAAGGAGUCCGAUAUACAUCUUUGUGAAGGCGAGGAUGGCUCAGUACUGGUUCUAAAGCUGCACCGUCUGGGCCGCAUUUCCUUCCGUUCUAUCAAGAAGAACAGAGAUUAUAUGCAGCAUAGAACACACUGCAGUUGGCAUUACCUUGCGCACUUAGCAGCAGCAAGGGAAUUCGCCUAUCUUAAGGCGCUGCACUCCCAUGGAUUCCCCGUACCCGAGCCUGUUGACACUAACAGACAUGCAGUGUUGAUGGAGUAUAUCGAUGCUAUUCCUCUGACACAGGUUAGGGAAUUAGGAGAUCCGCUAGGAGUGCUGGAGAAGCUGAUGAAACUCAUCGUACGACUUGCACACUGCGGCCUCAUUCACGGGGAUUUUAAUGAAUUCAACAUCAUGAUCAGCGAAAAAGGGCACAUCACGAUGAUAGAUCUUCCGCAGAUGGUUUCUAUUUAUCAUCCAAAUGCUGCUCUUUAUUUCGAUCGCGACGUUGAGUGCAUAAAACGUCUUUUCGAGAGAAAAUUUCUUGUUGAUGUUACGGAGGUUCCUCAAUUCGAGGACGUCGUGGGUCGCCUUAGCAAGCCACCUGAGAAAAAGCGGGCUGCUGAGGGUAAUGAUGAUGACAAAGAAGAGGGAGAAUCUACAGGAGAAUUUAUUUCUGUUUCUGAUGGUCUUAAUGAGCAGCAAUCAAGGCUCCUUGAAAGUGCAUUGGCAGAACGGCGAGAGGCAGAGAGCGACAGUCCGUACAGUGGAUCAGAGGACAGCGAUGACGAAAGCGUCA